AUGACGAAACCACCCAUGAAUAUCGACGGUCAGAAGUAUGGUCAUGAAGCACAAUAUCUUCUCUCGAAAAUCUUUGAUAGUACAGCCACCUUGGAUGGAAUACAAACGCUCCUCAUGAUUACUCUCGACCGUUCUCUGCGAUUCGGCGAUACCUCCUUCAUUGAAGUGUUGUUCUCUGCUGCUACACGUUUCAUCUUCACUUUGCGAGGAAACCAAUUUCUAUUCUGGCUGGCCUAUGUGUUCGAUAAAGAGAUGUCUACACGGACGACUCGCCCUCCAUCGAUAUGCGAUGAUUACUGUGAUUUGACGUUUCCGAGUAAGGAGGAGAUCGCCAUAGAAUUCGACCUUCCCGUUUCCCAAAUUGAAGGAGACACUCUACUCCUUCUGUUUCCUACCGACCUCGGCCUCAGUCUCAACCAAUCAAAAAUAUAUACAAGCCUUUAUUCACCUAGAGCGCUACAAAUGUUAGAUGCAGAGCUGCUGAAAGCCAUCCGAGAGCUUGAUGAUGCUAUGGAUGAAUGGUAUAACCGCCUGCAACUGCAACACACAUUUGACCUGCUUCUCUCUCGAGGGUUAGCUUCACAUGAAGAGGUAGCUCAUCGCUCCACGUUUAUCCGUUUGCAGCGCUAUUGCUGCAUUGCUGCUAUUCAUCAAAUGAGUACCGGAUGCGCAGCAUGGAUGGAAGACCAAACUUGGCGACUGGUAGGGAUAAACCUGAGCCUGGAGGUUGCCAUGAAUGCUAGCCGCUCUCUUCUCCGCGAGUUUCUCGAGGUUCUGGAUUGGGUUCAGAGGGACUCAUUCUGGGUUUUCUACAUCCUAUCCCCUGUGAUGACAGUCUUCUGUAGCAUACUUAGGAGUCCGGAAGGGCCAAAAGCUAACGACGAUCUCGCUCUCCUCGAAACAGUUGCAGAGCGUUUUCGUGUAUUAGCGGACACUCAAGAAUUUCUAGGUUCAUUUCAAGAUGGGAAGUUAUUGAAGGACUUUAUAUCUGAGUUACAGCGUCUUGCGAAAUGUGCCAUAUUAUACCGAGGGAGCAAUGCGUUUGCCUAG